AAGAAGACAGAGCGGAUGUUCCGCCAUUUACGCGAUCGUGCGGAAUUCGCGCGUGCAGGAGCCGGUGAUCCGCGCUUCAAUGAUCAACUUCUAAAGCAGAGUUUGCGAAGAGUUUGUUACAGCAGUCAUGAGACGGAGUAAAGCUGAUGUGGAGCGCUACAUCUCUUCAGUCCAGAACGCGUCUCCAUCACAGAAAACGAAGACACUCAAAGGAUUUCUGUUUGCUAAGCUCUACUUCGAGGCUAAGGAGUAUGAGCUGGCUAAAAGACAUGUCUCCGAGUAUCUGACCGUCCAGCCCAAGGAUCCUAAAGCACACAAGUUCCUCGGUCAGCUGUUUGAGCGUGACGGAGAAACAGACAAAGCUGUGGGAUGCUACAAGCGCUCGGUGGAUCUGAAUCCGGCUCAGCACGAUCUGGUUCUGAAGGUGGCUGAGCUACUGUGCAGUAAACCCCAGCAUGACAGUCGAGCUGAGUUCUGGGUGGAGAAAGCGGCCAGGCUUCUGCCAGGACACCCGGCCGUCUUCAAUCUGAGGGAGAAGCUUCUGAGUGCUCAGAGUGGCUCUAACCAGCUGUACGAGCUGCUGCAGGCGGAGCUGAAACUGCGGCCCACCGACACCUACAUCAACCAGAAGCUGGUGCAGCUCUACAGCGCAGAGGGCCGGCUCGAGGACGCCGUCAAACACUGCCUCGCCGUGGAGAAGACCGGCAUCCUGAGACACUGUCUGGAGUGGUACCAGCUGUUGGUCAGCACCCUGCAGGAGUACCUGUGUCAGCCGAGUGUGUCGUCGAACGAACAGGCGUCACGCAAGUUUCACAAAGAGCUGCUGCUGGCUCAGUGCAGCCGAGUGAGACUGACGCUGACACUGAAGGACUGUGAGGAGAGCACCGCUGCCCUCUGGAGUUUUGACUGUGCCAUGCAGGAUCUGAAGAACACGGCCACAAACAGGAAGGAUGAGCUGGCGGAGGUGUUCACGGAGAUGAGGGCGCACCUGUACCUGUACGCCGGGACACUGCUGCUGAAGAGAGCCCAGGACGGGCCGCAGCAGUGGAGGACCGUGCUGGAUCUGGCUGCUCUCUGUUAUCUCAUAUCUUAUCAGGCUCCCAGACCCAAAGCCAGGAGCCUGAAGAGUGAGCAGGUGUCCCAUGAGCCUCUGGAGCUGCUGGCCUGUGAUCGUCAGAGUCAGGCGGGUCACAUGCUGCUGAACCUGAGCCAGGACGUGGAGCAGCUGCUGAAGGAUGUGGUGGAGUCGUUCGGGAACCGGAGUGGCCCGGGUCAUCUGUUUGAUCAGCUGUUCGGUGCACAGAUACAGGAGCAGCACUCCUUCAUCUGUAACGAUGACAUCCAUGUACUCAGCGUACACGCGCCCAAAGCCGCUGAUCUGGCCAAGUGGGACAGUGGAGCGGUGAUGCUGCACGCGGGUGAUCUGCAGCAGCUGGUGUGGCUCGGCCUGCAGUGGGCGCUAAUGGGUCAAAGCGUGAGUCUGCAGGACUGGCUCAAGCAGCUCUUCCCUCGCCUCACGCUCGAGACCUCAAAACUGGACACCAACGCACCAGAAUCCAUCUGCCUGCUGGACCUGGAGGUGUUCGUGAGCGGUGUGGUGUUCUGCAGUCAGACACAGCUGCAGGAGCGGGUGAAGAUGACGUCCUGCUCUCAGCCGCUCGAGCCUCGCUGUCUGCCGCUGCACAUCAUGAAGCUGCUGUCGUCUGACAGACAGAGAGAGUGGUGGGACGCCGUCUACAGCCUGAUCCACAAGAGAGCGCAGCCCGGGACGUCUGCUAAACUGCGUCUGGUCGUGCAGCACGGUCUGGGCACGCUGCGUGCCGGAGAGAAACACGGCCUUCAGCCGGCUCUGCUCAUACACUGGGCUAAACACCUGACUGACAUGGCCGAGCGGGGGAACUCUUACUACGAUCAGAAGGAGUAUGCUGGACGCAGUGUGCACUACUGGAAGGUUGUGCUCCCCCUGCUGGAGAAGGUGCGACACAAACGCAGCAUCCCUGAACCCCUGCAGCCCAUGUUCAUGCACUUCCAGAGCAAAGACAUACAGCCUUCUCAGGUGCGAGUCUAUGAGGAAGAUGCCACCAUAAGCUUCGCCACACUCCUUGACAUCGAGGGCAACACUGAGGAGGCAAUCUCAAAGCUGGAGCAGCUCAACAGCCUCUCGUCUAACUGGCAUCUGGCGAAGAUCUAUCAGAGGCUGUCAGAGGAGGCAGGAAACGGGCUUGAGGAGACUCAGGGCAGGUGCACCGACUUCCUCCUGAAGUUCAGGAAGUACUUGACUCAGAUUUAUCAGGCCAGUGCCGAGGAUUUGGAGAAGUUGCCUGUAUCGAUGGAGGAGGUGAUGGAUUUGUUGAACGAGGUCAACCAGCAGCUUGUUGGUGAGGUGGAUGAAGAUCAGCUGGAAUAUCCUGUGACAUCCAGUCCCGGUCAGCCCACUGAAGGACAUGUUAAAUUCUCCACCCCUUCCUCAUCCAAGAGUGUCACGUCACCAUCCAAAAGAUCUGUGUUCUCCCCCAAAACACCACCUCACUGGGUGGAGGACCAGAAGUCACUGCUGCAGAUGUUAUGCCAGCAGGUCGAGGCCUUGAAGAAUGAGGUUCAUGACCUGCGUCAUAAUUCUCCAGAUGCCACAGCAUCCUCAUAUAGGAUGUAUAGAGACAACUAUGCUGCAGAAGGACUUCAGGAAACAUUUCCUGCAGCGCAGACGUUCCACGGUGUUCCUCUCACUGUUGCUACUACAGGUCCCUCUGUGUACUACAACCAGUCUCCAGCAUAUAAUUCACAGUAUCUUCUACGCACUGCUGCAAAUGUUACACCAACAAAGGGCCCAGUAUAUGGGAUGAAUCGUCUUCCUCCACAGCAGCAUAUGUAUGCCUACCAACAAUCAACACAUACCCCACCUCUUCAGUCAACACCCGCAUGCAUGUAUCCUCAAGAGCAAGUCUUCGGUCCUCCCAUCCGGUUUGAGUCACCAGCUACAUCCUUACUCUCCCCAUACAGUGAGGAGUAUUAUGGUCACAACGUUCCUCAGCCCACAGUCAAUCCAACGUUGCCAGAGCCUGGAUAUUUCACUAAGCCAUGUCCUGUUACAUCCACACAGUCAACCAGGAGCACUGAAAGCAAGGCUGUCGACCCCAAAAUUAGUUUUGGGCCGCAGUUCACAGGUGAACCUGCUAAGGUUCCCAACUUUGGAGGAGUAGCUGCCGGCCCAACAACAACAUCCUCAACAGCAUUCAAGUUCAACUCCAAUUUCAAGUCCAAUGAUGGUGAUUUCACCUUCUCUUCUGCUCAAGUUAAAAAUAGUGAAAGCCUCUUGGGACUUCUGACAUCAGAUAUUCCUCCCAAAGCUGAGGUUUCGUCAGAACCAAAACAUCAGACCCAAGACCAGCUGCCUAGCCAGAAAGAAGUCUUUACCUUUGGGAGUAAAAGUGCAGCAGGAUUUUCAUUCACUGAUGGUGCUCCGAACAAGAUGAGUAUUUUUGGCAACACCGAUCAAAGAUUUAGUUUUACAAGUGGAACCAAGACAACAUUAGGGAAUUCAGAGGCUCGGGAAGAGAAAAGUGGUGAAAGCGACAAUGAUGGCACCCAUGUGGAAGAAGAUGAGGAUGGGCCUCAUUUUGAGCCCAUUGUGCCUCUACCUGAUAAGGUCGAUGUGAAAACUGGUGAGGAGGAGGAGGAGGAGAUGUUCUGCAAGAGAGCAAAACUCUUCCGAUUUGAUUCUGAGACUAAAGAAUGGAAAGAGAGGGGCAUUGGCAGUAUCAAAAUCCUCAAACACAAAAGCUCCGGGAAAGUUCGUCUGUUAAUGAGGAGGGAGCAGGUUCUGAAAAUCUGCGCCAAUCACUAUAUCACUGCUGAUAUGGUCCUCAAACCAAAUGCUGGAUCUGACAAAUCCUGGGUGUGGUACGCUAUGGACUAUGCAGAUGAAAUGCCAAAGACUGAGCAGUUGGCCAUUCGUUUUAAAACCGCAGACGAGGCAACACUGUUUAAAGUUAAAUUUGAGGAAGCUCAAAAGUUCCUUUCGGAAUCCCCACAAGGACAACAGACUGAAAAGAAAAGCGAAACUCCAAAGCCUCAGGUUUCAUCCAAAGAAGUGGAUCUCAAAACCCUGUUUUCCAAGAAGGCGGGUGAAUGGGAUUGUGACGUGUGCUGUGUAAGAAACGCUCCCACGUCUGCGGUAUGUGUGGCCUGCAACAGUGCAGCUCCUUCUACAGCACAAGUCAAACCUGUAGAGGAGCCCAAAGGCUCUGGGCCUGUGGCUCCUCCUGCCAAAUUGUUUUCUUUUGGACUUUCUGGAGAUUCUGCUAAAAGUGCCACCAGCACUGAUAUCUGCUCGAAGGGCUUCACGUUUGGAUCGGCUUCUUUUAAGUUUGGAUCAAACGAUGCUGUGGAGACAUCUGCUGGCUUUGGAGCUCAGGCUGAGAAGAAUACAAGUCAGACUGAUGCACCACAGCGAGAGAAAGUGUCAGCAGCUCCAGCAGUCCCAUUUGGCACUGGAUUUGGUGCGGUGGACACAUCUACUGGCUUUGGAGCUCAGGCUGAGAAGAAAACAAGUCAGGCUGAUGCACCACAGCGAGAGAAAGUGUCAACAGCUCCAGCAGUCCCAUUUGGCACUGGAUUUGGUGCGGUGGACACAUCUACUGGCUUUGGAGCUCAGGCUGAGAAGAAAACAAGUCAGGCUGAUGCACCACAGCGAGAGAAAGUGUCAGCAGCUCCAGCAGUCCCAUUUGGCACUGGAUUUGGUGCUCAGUUUGCCAAGAAAGAUGGUCAGUGGGACUGUGACUCCUGCCUAGUGAGGAAUGAUGCCUCGGCAACUGAAUGCGUUUCUUGCAAAGCCCCCUGCAGCACUGUAAAAACUAAUGCAGCAUCGAAAGGUGGGCUAGCUGCCAUGUUUGGUAAAAAAGCUGGUCAGUGGGAUUGUGACACUUGCCUGGUAAGAAAUGAAGGUUCAUCUAGUCAUUGUGUUUCAUGCCAGACAGCAAACCCAAAUAUGAAAAACAAGACCUCUGCUGCACCAUCAAGUUCCUCUUUUACCUUCAGUUUUGGUAGUUCUAGCAGCCAACCUGCUGCGACAGGAUUUAAAGCCAAUUUCAAUCCAGGCCCUGCUUUUCAGUUCGGCACAAGUAAGGAAAAAACAUCCUUAGAAGCCUUCAAGUUUGAGUCCUCCACAACUGAAGCUGAAAAGUCAUCAGGCAGUUCCACUUUUGCGUUUUCCAUGCCGACGCCUGUUGGCGGAUUUAAGUUUGGCAUUGCAGAAUCUGAGGCAAAACCAUCAGACGGACAGUCCCAAAAUGGAUCUGCAUCUGGCCUCCUCAAAAAUAUUGCUGCGCAUCACAAAGAGAAAGAGAAUGAAAAAGAGGCAGCCCCAAGUUCCUCAGAACAGUCUGUAGACUCUGAUAGUCAAGAUAAUAAUCCCCUCUUUACUGGUAAGCCUAACACCUUUAGUUUCGCUGACUUGGCAAAGACACAAGGCAGUUUUCAGUUUGGCCAGGAGGAUCCCACUUUCAAAGGCUUUGCAGGGGCUGGCGAGCCUCUCUUUACAGGGUUGUAUCCUGGGCCCAAGGCCGACACCUCUGUCGAUCAAGAUGAUGAAAUGUACAAAACUGAGGAGAAUGACAAUAUUCAGUUUGAGCCUGUUGUUCAGAUGCCAGAGAAGGUCGACCUUGUUACAGGUGAAGAAGAUGAGAAAGUCUUGUAUUCACAGCGUGUCAAACUCUUCAGAUUUGAUACAGAAACAAACCAAUGGAAAGAAAGAGGAGUCGGCAACCUAAAACUGCUCAAGAAUAACCAGAACGGGAGACUGCGAGUUCUUAUGAGGAGAGAGCAGGUGUUGAAAGUGUGUGCUAAUCAUUGGAUCACAACCACAAUGAACUUAAAGCCCCUCUCAGGCUCGGAUCGAGCCUGGAUGUGGUUGGCCAGUGACUUCUCAGAUGGAGAUGCCAAAUUAGAACAACUUGCGGCAAAAUUCAAAACACCUGAGCUUGCAGAAGAAUUCAAGCUGAAAUUUGAGGAGAGUCAGAGACUGCUUUUGGAUAUUCCUUUGCAGACCCCUCACAAGCUCACAAACACUGGAAGAACAGCCCAUCUUAUACAGAAAGCUGAAGAAAUGAAAUCUGGACUUAAGGACCUCAAAUCAUUCUUGACUUCCCAAAACAAGGACGAUGAAAGUGCCGAUACAAGUCAUAGUACUUCUGCAGUUGUAGUUAAGCUCGACUCUGAGGGCACUGCACACACUUUAGAAUGGGAUAAUUACGAUUUGCAUGAGGAAGUGCACAAGGACUAUGGCAGCUCCUCUGUGCGUGAUACUCCUUUGCAGCCAGAUCCAGUUGCUAAAAAUUUAUUCCGCUUUGGCGAGUCGUCCUCAGGGUUUAGUUUCUGUUUUCAGCCUAUUCUCAGUCCCUCUAAGUCCCCAUCUAAGCUAAACCAGAGCCAGGCUUCCAUUGGCACAGAUGAUGAGCAAGAAGUGUCUCAGGAGGAAGAGCGAGAUGGUCAGUACUUUGAGCCUGUUGUGCCACUGCCUGAUCUUGUUGAGGUCUCAACCGGAGAGGAGAACGAGCAAGUCCUUUUCAGUCACCGGGCCAAAUUAUACCGCUACGAUAAAGAUCUUAAUCAGUGGAAGGAACGAGGUAUAGGAGACCUUAAAAUACUACAGCACUAUGAAACUAAGCGUGUUAGACUUGUGAUGAGGCGGGACCAGGUCCUCAAACUGUGUGCGAACCAUUGGAUUGUUUCCAAUAUGAAGCUUGAGCCCAUGAAAGGAGCCGAGAAAGCGUGGAUCUGGAGUGCCUUUGAUUUUGCUGAGGGGCAGGGCAAGGUGGAACAGCUGGCAGUUCGAUUUAAACUGCAGGAAACCGCAAAUGCUUUCAGUGAAAUUUUCGAAGAGGCAAAGACUGCCCAAGAAAAAGACACUCUACUGACCCCGUUUUCUGCAAAACUACCUGCCUCCACCCAGGAGAUGCUUUGUGGCAAGGCUGCAGUUGCUGUACUUGAGGAAACAACAAAAGAACGUACUGGAAUCUCUGAAGAAAGCAGUCCUAAACUGGAUCAGACACCUCAAAGCACCAAGAAUGUGGUCUCUCCUCCAAAGUUCGUCUUUGGUUCAGACUCUGUGCAGAAGAUUUUUGGAAGCCCUUCGCCAUCAAAAGACAAAUCUCUGGUUGUGAUUUCUAGUUUAGAAGACGAGGAAGCGGGUGCCUCGAGACUGAAAACCUCUGGAGCAGCAGUGGCCAGCCAGUCAUCGGUCCAGACUCCUUUCAGCAUACCAACAAGAAGUUUGGAUUUUAGGCUUUUCAAAAAUAAUCCUAUGGCUUUUUGGACCUGUACAUCAGCCAACCAGUCUGAAGCCCGAGUUUACUCUCCGUCAGAGAAGAAGAGCGCUCAAGACGUGUCUGAUGAUGAUAUUGAGAUCGUAUUUGAGUGUAAACCAACGAGAGCGCAAGCAGAGCUGGCCGCCAGACUGAUGCUUCCUCCUACCUUCUUCUGUUACAAAAACAGUCCAGGAUACAUCAGUGACGAAGACAGCGAUGAUGAGGAUUUUGAGAGCGCAGUGAGGAAUCUGAAGGGGAAGCUGUAUGUGGAUGGAGCUGAUGGAGCGUCUGAUCAUGACUCGGAGGUCACUCUGGUGUGGGAGAAGCGGCCGACAGCAGACGAGGAGCAGAGAGCCAGACGCCUCCUCCUGCCUCCCACCUUCCUGUGCGGCGUCAGCAGCGACUCUGAAGCAGAGGCAGAGAAACUGGACGACUUCAGCACUGAGGUCCAGAAGGUACAGCAGGCCCAGGUGAAGCCCGUCCGCUGGGAGUCCGGACCGCAGGAGAUCAGCGUUUCUUCAUCAGCUCCUCAGGACACACAGGUGAAGCCCGUCCGCUGGGAGUCUGGACCGCAGGAGAUCAGCGGUUCUUCAUCAGCUCCUCAGGACACACAGGUGAAGCCCGAGCCGAGCGACGGCGGAGCAGAGGAGCGUCAGACUGAUGGCAGCCGUCCCAUCGAUCUCUCCACCAAGAGAAGCAGUGAGAGCGACUCCAGCACAGCUACAGCUCUCUCUUUCGGAUUCACAUCUGCCGCUGGGUUUUCAUUUGCAGAACUCGCUAAGACUUCAGGGGAAUUUGCUUUUGGUAAAAAAGAUGCUGGUUUCUCGUGGUCCGGCGCAGGAGCCUCAGUCUUCGGGAGCGCAGCGGCUCAAACUAAAGAAGCAGAAGAGGAGGACAGCGAUGAUGAGACGCCCCACAGUGACGAGAUCCACUUUGAGCCGAUCGUGUCCCUGCCCGAGGUGGAGGUGAGGUCCGGUGAGGAGGACGAGGAGAUCCUGUUCAAAGAGAGAGCCAAACUCUACCGCUGGGACCGCGAGCUCAACCAGUGGAAGGAGCGCGGCGUGGGAGACAUCAAGAUCCUCUUCCACCCCGAGAAGAAGAGCUAUCGCCUGCUGAUGAGACGAGAGCAGGUGCUCAAAGUGUGCGCCAACCACACCAUCAGCCCCGGCAUCGAGCUCAAGCCCAUGAACACCUCGGCUAACGCUCUGGUGUGGACCGCCACCGACUACUCCGAGGGAGAUGGGAAGGUGGAGCAGCUGGCAGCUAAGUUCAAGACUCCGGAGCUGGCCGAGUCCUUCAGACGAGCGUUCACAGACACACAGACCCGCAUGUCUCAGACGGACGCCGCUCAGACGUCUGCCGCAGAGGCGCUGUCUCGAGACUCCAACCCUGUGGUGUUCUUCGACAUCUCCAUCGAUGAGGAGCAUGCUGGGAGAGUGGUCAUGGAGCUCUUCGCUCACAUCGUGCCCCGGACGGCGGAGAACUUCCGAGCUCUGUGUACGGGAGAGAAGGGCUUCGGUUACCGCCGCUCCGUCUUCCACAGGAUCAUCCCAGACUUCAUGUGUCAGGGCGGUGAUUUCACCAGUCAUGAUGGGACGGGGGGGAGGUCUAUCUACGGAGGUAAGUUUGAGGACGAGAGCUUCGAGGUGAGGCACACAGGACCCGGCCUGCUGUCCAUGGCCAACCGCGGCAGAGACACCAACAACUCUCAGUUCUUCAUCACGCUCAAGAAAGCAGAGCACCUGGACUUCAAGCACGUGGCCUUCGGAUUCGUCAAAGACGGCAUGGAUGUGGUGAGGAGGAUGGGAGAGCUGGGCACUAAAGACGGGAAGCCCACGCACACCAUCAGCAUCUCCGAGUGUGGACAGAUCCUGUGAGCUCCUGCUCAACGCUCCUGUAAAUCGGCUUGUUUUAUUAUUGUUUCUGUGCUAAUAAAGGUGAUCUGCUAAUUGUCAAAGUGAAUAAGAAAAUCUUUAUUUUAUUACUGAAUGUGUUCACCCCAGAGAUUCCUCCUAGAAUUGGACAGAAAAAGACUUCCUCUGUUAAAUGUGUGUAUUUGAAGAUCGCUUCACACAAACACUGCCGUGUUUCUUUCCACUUCAAGAACAUAAAAUAAACGUCAGACGUUGAGUUUCA